CUCUGGUUCCUGGUCGAGUUUUUGUACAUUUUCACGCUUAUUUCAAGUACCAAAAGGACCAGGUGACACCGACUGACGAAUUUGGGAAUUUUAUCAGUAACGAUUGCCACGUAAUAAGUUAAACAAUGGUAUAAUGAACAAGAUGUAAGAAGAAGGCCACUUAUUUUAGAACAUUAUAUUUCUAAUCUACCAGAGCUAAAGAAAUGGAAUGAAGAUAGAAGAUCUAAAGUACACAUGAAACAAUAAAACUAUGGACUAAUUCAUGUUUUACACAAUAUAUUAUGUACUUACUUAACAUGAGGAAAAAGAAGACUCUAUUGCUUUUCCUGUUUGGAAUAACCGUCCUAUCCACAAUAUGGUUUGUCCAUAACACCUUUGGUAACGGGUCACUUCGUCUAGACCGUUUGUAUAAUAAUGGCAAAAAAGGUGGCGCUGCAAACAAUGUGUUUACAAUGGCAAACGAUAAGGAGCAUCCAGCUAACUUCGAGAAAACCGCAACUGAAUCUGAUAACAACUUACUUUUCAUACCAGAAAAAACUGAGUCACAGAAUAAAAAACCAGACACUGAAAUUGAACAAAGGGUAGACAAUCUAAGUAAUCAAAACCAAAAAGAUAAAACAAGAUCUGAUAAUUCAAUUACAACCAAAGACUUACAAGAGGAGAAUGGAGGGGAGGAGAACUUACUUGAUGUACUCCAGCUAAAUGACAAGAGAGAAUGGGUACAAGAUAAUAAAGUAUGCAGUCAAAUUGAAAAAGAAAAAUUUGUACAAACAGAAAUGCACACACCAUCUGGAGAAGUUAAGAUUUUUGUUCACGAUCCCUCUGAUGAUGUUCAUGUUAGCGCUAGCUUAGUGGAACAUGGUGAAUGGGAGCCAAAUUUAAUUCAGCUGGUUUAUUCUCUUCUUGAAAAGGAUGAUGACCUUAAGUUUAUUGACCUUGGUGCUAAUAUUGGAGUUUUCUCCCUUGCUGUUGCAAAUCUUAACAAACAAGUGAUAGCCGUUGAACCUUUGUCGAUCAAUGUAAAACGUUUGUGUAAAUCUAUUGAUGCUAAUGAAUUUGAGGAUUUUAUAACAGUUGUUCACAAUGCUCUCUCAGAUAAAAAUGAGAAAGUGAAGUUAGGCAAGGACAAGGGGAAUGUGGGGGGAACUUUUAUUGCAAAGGAUGAAAACACAAAUAAAAUUCAAGGUAGUUCAGUAGUAGGUCAGUACUCUGAUGAAGUAAAUACAGCAAAGUUAGACGACUUACUUACUAUUCCAGAAUUUAACUUAAAAAAAGUUAUAAUCAAGAUGGAUGUUGAAGGUUGGGAAAGUCAUGUGUUGAAUGGUGCUGAAAGAUUUUUCCGUAAAGUUGAUGUUCAGGGCAUUCUAAUGGAGUGGAUGUGGCACAAAACUGGGACAGAAGCUAACGACAUUAUUAACUUUUUUGCUAAUCAUGGCUAUGAGUCUGUAAACCCAAAUGGUAAUAAAUUGCUAGAUGUUCGUGCACCUGGUGCUUGGCCAGUUGAUAUUUUAUGGCGACAGCGAGUAGAUACUGGUCAUACCCAUGCACAAGUUGCAAAAGAUAGUCCAAACACAUCAAACCAAGUUACACAAAAAUCAACAGGUGUUCAAAUGUACCGCCAUGAUAUGACAAAAUGGAAUCUUGAUGAUGCCAUGUGUCGUGUAGAUGCAGACUUCAUGUUAGCCAACAUGCAUACUCAGGCUGGGGAUGUUAAAAUUUAUGUUCACAAUCCAAGUGUUGAUGUCCAUGUCAGUGGUGGAUUAAUGAGGAAUGGUCAAUGGGAGCCACAUUUAAUUCAGCUAAUGUUUUCUCUAUUAGAAGCAGAUCCAUCUUCUCAGUUCAUUGAUCUCGGUGCUAAUCUGGGCGUAUUUUCUCUAGCAGUUGCUCGCUAUGGUCGGAAAGUCGUAGCAGUGGAACCAUUAUCUAUCAACCUUCAAAGAUUUUGUAGAUCUAUAAGAGAUAAUCAUUUUGAGGACAAAAUUACAGUUGUAACAAAUGCUUUAGGUAAUGAGAGAGAAACUGUAUCCUUUGGAAUGGAUGUCGGAAACAUUGGUGGGACAUUUGUUCUAAAUGGGAAAAAUCAAGAAAAGCAGCGUGGGGCUCAAUAUGGGGGUCAGUACCAAGAUCAAGUAUUGACAGCAAAGGUAGAUGAUAUACUGAAGUUACCUGGAUUUGAUUUUAAGAAAGUUGUCAUAAAAAUGGAUGUCGAGGGUUAUGAACAUUUUGCCCUGCAGGGAGCAAGCGAUUUUUUCAGCAAAGUUGAUGUUCAAGCUGUUUUAAUGGAGUGGAUGUGGCACAAAGCAGGAUCAGGAGCAGAAGAAAUUUUCAAAUUUUAUCACGAUCGUGGAUAUGAACCAUUUGACCCAUUGAGGAAAGUUGUGCUGGAUACAUCAUCAUCAGGAUCUUGGCCCAUUGAUGUUCUUUGGAGGAAAAAGCAAGUUUCUGCAGUACCUCCACAAAAUCUGGACAAGCCUGAACAAACCAAAAGUGUUCAAACAAAUUCACAGGUUCGAAUGUAUAGAAGGGACAUGCAGAAUUGGGUCAAGGACACAUCAAUGUGCAUCAAUCCAAAAAGUUUAUUAAAAGCAAACAUGCACACAAAUGCAGGAGAUUUGACAAUCUUUGUUCAUGAUCCCACUGUUGACAUUCAUGUAAGUGGGAGUCUUAUCCGUGGUGGGUCAUGGGAACCACAUCUUACCCAACUCAUGUAUUCAUUGCUACAACAGGACUCUGAGCUACAGUUUAUAGAUCUUGGAGCAAACCUUGGGGUAUUUUCUUUGGCUGUUGCUAAAUAUGGUCGACAUGUUUUGGCUGUAGAACCUCUGUCCAUUAAUUUGCAUCGAUUCUGUGCUUCGAUAACGGCCAAUGGUUUUGAAAGUCUGAUAACUGUUGCUACAAAUGCAUUAUCAGACAAGAGAGAAAAUGUAACAUUUGGAAAAGAUAAAGGGAAUGUAGGCGGCACUUUUGUUCUCAAUGAUAAAAACAUGAAUAAAUUUAGUGGAAGUCCAGUUGUUGGUAAAUAUGAUGAUGUUGUCCUGUCAGCCAAGAUGGAUGACAUUUUAGAUGUGCCAGGAUUUAACUUUAAGAAAGUGAUUAUGAAGAUAGACGUGGAAGGUUAUGAGCACCAUGUUCUAAGAGCCGCUGAUAAGUUCUUUAGAACUGUAGAUGUUCAGGCAGUGCUGAUGGAAUGGAUGUGGCAAAAAGAUGGUUCCAGUGCUCAAGAAAUCAUACAAUUCUUCACCAGAUAUAACUAUGAACCAUUCAGUCCCGGCAGCAAUCUUGUAUUGGAUACACAAUAUCCUGGAAGUUGGCCUGUUGACGUGCUCUGGAGAAGGAAGAAGUCUGGAAAUCCAUUCAAAAAUGGACCAGAAACUUCUGUUAGACAGUCAAAUCGGCAUGAAAGACAACAAACAGAUGCAGUUCAACAACAACAGUCUAGAGAGUCACAACAACAACAACAGCCUAGAGAGUCACAACAACAACCAAAUGCAGUUCAACAACAACAGCAGUCUAGACAGAGACAACAACAAAGAGGACAACAAAGUCAAGCAUCUCUGUAUAAUGAAGGAAGAGGUGAUACACCUGAAAGAACCCAAAAUAGCCAAGAUAGAUCUCAGCAGGUACGUCAAACCAAUGUCCAGAAAAAUCAAGCUUUCGAUCAUGCUGAAAAAACAAACCAAGUAUCUUCAAAACGAUAUGGAGUUAACUUUUACCGUAGAGAUGGAAAAACAUGGGUUCCUGAUGACUCAUCAUGUUCUGCAUCAGGCAAUUUCUUGAAAGCUAAUUUGCAUACACCAGCAGGAGAUGUUACGAUAUAUGUCCAUGACGCCAACACUGAUGUUCAUGUUAGCGGAGGACUUCUCAGGAAUGAGGCUUGGGAACCUCAUUUGAUCAGGCUUAUGUUUGAUCUGUUGAAUAAAGAUUCACAGCUGCAAUUUAUGGAUCUUGGUGCUAAUUUAGGUGUGUUCUCAUUGGCUGUUGCUAAGUUUGGUAGGCGUGUAUUUGCUGCGGAACCCCUAUCAAUCAAUUUACAAAGAUUUUGUAAAUCUAUCCUUGCCAACCAUUUUGAGGACAAGAUUACCGUUGUAACAAAUGCACUGUCUGAUAAGAUUGAAAAAGUAUCUUUUGGAAAAGACCAUGGGAACGUAGGAGGUACUUUUGUAUUGGAGGGAAAGAACAUGGAGAAAUAUUCUGGUAGUGCUUAUAGUGGAAAAUAUGAUGAUGUUGUACAAACGGCAAAACUUGAUAGCUUUCUACGGCUCCCAGGUUUUGAUUUUACUAAAGUUAUUAUGAAAAUAGAUGUGGAAGGAUAUGAACACCAUGUCUUCAAAGGUGCUAAAAAAUUCUUCCAAGAAGUGGACGUACAGGCCGUUCUUAUGGAAUGGAUGUGGCAUAAAAGUGGAUCUGAUGCCACAGAAAUUUUGAAUUUUUUCAAGGACCUUGGUUACGAACCAAUUAAUCCUAACUCUAAUUCUAGAUUAGAAAUUUCUUUAUCUCAUUCAUGGCCAGUCGAUGUGUUGUGGAAAAAAACAAAAAAAACAUCGGUGGUUAAAAAGUCCUCAAAAGUUUCAUCGAAGUUUAAUUCUGGGGUUCAAGUUUAUCACCAUGAUAAAAGACAAUGGCUGGCUGAUGAUAGCGUCUGUCUCAAUCUUCCACCAAUGACCAGAGGCAAAAUAAGUGACUCCCUUGCUGGACCUUAUACUAUCUUUGUUUAUGACCCAUCUGUUGACCAGUGGGUUAGUGGUAGUAUCUUACGAGAUGGAGGCUGGGAAACAGGACUAGUCAAUAGUGUUAUUUCAUUACUUAAACCAGAUGAAGACUUACAAUUUGUUGACUUAGGUGCUAAUUUAGGGGUCUACACAUUAGGUGUAGCUAAGUUUGGGAGGAAUGUUAUUGCCGUAGAUCCCUUGACUUCUAACGUACAACGUAUGUGUAAUUCUAUCAUAGAAAAUAAUCUAGGAAGUAAGAUAACAUUAAUUUACAAUGCGUUAUCGGACACUAGAGGUACUGUCUCUUUGGGUAAAGAUGAGAAAAAUGUUGGCGGAACAUUUGUGAUGGACCGUAGCAAUGCAAAUAAAGUUCAAGGUAGCAACGUGAAUGGAAAAAUCGGAGAAGAUGUUGUAACUGCUAAAUUAGACGACUUGUUAAAUAUACCAGGAUUUAAUUUCAAAAAAAUAAUUAUGAAAAUGGAUGUCGAAGGAUAUGAGGGAUAUGUGCUAAAAGGGGGGACUAAAUUUUUUGAAAUGGUUGAUGUCCAGGCUGUCUUUAUGGAAUGGAUGUGGUUAAAGUCUGGGACAGUCACACAGGAAGUGCUAAGUUUCUUCACAUCUCAUGGAUAUAAACCAUAUAUAGCUACGUCAGGCAGAGAACUCAGGGUGGAAGACGCAACGAACUGGCCAGUUGAUAUGAUGUGGAAAAAAUAGGUUGUUUAAAGAAGUAUGAAGUCUUAGAAAACAAAGAUCUGUGUUCAAACCAUAAUAAACUUCCUGCAUUUGUAUCAUGAACAGGUGUAUAUAUCAUCAUUAAUUCAUCACCAUUGGACUAAAAGAAUCAUGUGCUUUGAUCUUACCAUUCCUUCUGUGUUUUGAUUGGAUGUUAUAGGAUUAUUUGUCUCUCUGCAGUCAUGGCAACAAUGUUUUGAUAUAUUUUUUUCUUCAGAUUUUCCAACCACAUUCAUGAGAGCACUACCUACAUUUACGUAUGUUGUUCACUAAUGAAGGUGCUGGCUGCUCCUUAAUGUUCAUCACUAUUGUGUUUCUAUGUUAGUCAGAUAGUGUAAAUUCAGAAAUUAUUGUGUGCAUUAAUUAUUGCAAUUUUGUCAUUUUUUACUACAAUCAGACAAUGCGAUUUUUGAGAUAUUUACCAAAACUUUCUGUUUAUUCAUAUAAAAAAUCUCAAAUGUGAGUUUAAAUUAUUGCGAUAAUAACCCUUUCACAAUUUUCACAAUAAUGAAAACAUCGCAAAAAUUUCUGAAUUCACAGUAGUGUGACCUUUUCCAUACUGAUGUGACAAAUUUCUAUAGAAAAAUGUCUUACAGACAAAAAAUCAAAAUUACCAUGUUCAUUAGAACCUUUCAACUUUAUACAUGUAAUAUGAACAUGAUGAAGUUAACUUCUAAACUAUUUUGUAUUUGUUGGAUUUACCUAUUGAAGUAAUAUUAAAGUAUUUAUAAAAAAAUCAAAAUGAUUGGUCCUUAUGGCUAAUUGGAACAUUUUUACUUAAAUAAAUAUUAUGUUUUUUUGUAAUUUGAACAAAUUUUAACAUGAUUAAAAAGAUGAAUAUUAUUCUGUUAAUAAUUGUAAAGUUUAGGAUAAGUGUCCAUGACAACUCUUUCAAGAUGUCUUUAAUUGGCAAUAUUAAUUGAUAUGUUUAUCAUCAGGGUAAAUGAAAACAUUAAUCAUUAUCAUGAUUAUGUGCAUGAUUUAUAUCUGUAUUUAUUACUUCUAAUUGCUGUUGUAUUGUUAUUUUAUAGACAAAUUAUAGAAAUAUUAGUUACAUCUAUGUUUUAGCCAAUGAUUGAUCAAUGUUGAUGUGAGAAUGAUGAAUUGAGUAAAAUAAGUUUAGCAACAAAUAAUAUGACUUUUUUGUCAAUGAAAGAUGAUACAAAUUAAAAGUAUCAUAUUUUGAAUAAACAUUUAUUUUAGAAAAUAAACCAUAACAUUCAAUUCCUUAUAACAACUGAAAUAAUUUAAAAAUUAUAAUUUUUUAUCUAGGUUUAGAUCCAUAACAAUUCUAUUAAAACUUAAAUGUUUCCACAUAUCAUGUAUAACUUUGAUUCAUCAUAUAAUACAGUCUAUAUUCAAUACCAAGAAAACUUCAUUAGGAAAAUAUUAUUUCAAAUUACCAAAUCAACCAUUCUAUAAACAUGAUAAAUAUAUAAAGUCUUGUAUUUUCUGUCAGAGUAAAAUUUCAGAUUAAAAACAUCCCUAUAUCAACUUUGUUUAUUUUUAAGUUUUAAAAAUCCAUCACCACCAUUUGACCACCUGGAAGUAUAUUCUCAGUAUUAAAAUUUGCUGUGCUAGAAAUCAAAAUUGUCAAUAAAUAGCAAUCUUUAUACGAUUCCCUUUCAUGUCUUUCUCAUUGUUAUUAUAUUUAUAUGAGUUGUGUCCCUUGAAGAGGAUUUUUUUUUAAUGUUUUAUCAUGAUUAUUAAAUAUUUAUUGAAAAUUUCCGCAUAUGUGAACUCAAAACCCUUUUGACCUUGCAUAAAUAUUAUUUUAAUGGUAAUAUUUUUCAAAAGAUUAAUCUAAUAUUUCGGUAUUUAGCUGAAUUUUGUCACAUACAGACAAUGAUCCUAGAUCGUCUAUAAUGACUGUAGAUCUGUCUAUAAAUAACCUUUUGAUGUCAAGGAACAAUCAUUUUUAAACUUAAAUGACAUAAAAUAUUUUGGGAUAGGGAUUCAAUAAUUUGUUGCAUCUUGUUUGAUUGUUAUGAAUGGUAGACACAAUUUUCAUACAAGAGUAGAUAUGUCUAUUGAACAAAGGCAAAUUCUUGGAACUUUUGUGAUAGCGUAUUAAUUCUUUAAAUCAAAACUCUACCCACCGAAUGAAUGAGGUAUAGUUCAUUAUAUUUUCUGAUUAAUUCUUCUUUCAGAUUUUUUUGUAUGAUUAUAUGAAAGUUUUAUAAAUAAAGGGUUGUACUGUUUUAUGCAGGUUUUCAGUAGAUUUUUUUUGUAAGAUGUCCUUUUUGUGUUUUGUCAACACACUGUUGUCCUCAAUAUAUACAAGUAUUUGACUAAUGUAAUGGAAAUUAUGCCUUUUUUUUGCUUUUUUCUUUAAAAAAAUCUUUGAAAAAUCAUGAAUUUUCAGCAUUUGUUUUUUUAUAUUUUGUUAUUGAUUGUUUAUUCUAGAAACUGUUAUUUCCUUUUUUGAUUUGUUUAGUUAUAUUGUAUGCUAUUUGUGCUAUCAAAAGAUAUUAAAUUUGCCAUUUGAAUUGUAUAUUUGAAGAUUAUGUUAUUCUGUACUUUUUUCAUCUAGUGUAUUAAAUUUGUAAUAUAUUGCUAUAAACAAUUGUGGAUUCAUUUAUUUUAAUGGGUACCAAUUUUCAUGGAUUAAGGAAAACUUAAAAGCAUGUUAGUGGAUAUUUAAUUUCAUGGUUCUUUCGAAACCUGCAAACAAGCCUACAAAAAAAUUUGUCAUUCCGAUUCGUUGAACAUUUAAUUUCGUUGUUUACCUGCACCCAACAAAUCCACAUAAAUUGGUAUCCAACGAAAAAUAAUGAAUCCACACUAUAUAUAUAUGUAUCGUACUAGCAUAGUCUGAAUGUGAUGGGUCAUACAUUUCUCUUUCUUUUAAGAUACAUUGUGAUAAGAACUUGUAAAAGUGAAAAUUCACUUGUUUUAAUUUCCAAUCUUUAGAGAAAUAAUUGCAACUGUUUGUAAUAGAGGAAUUUUGUUUUCCUUUUUUGUUUGCAUAUAAUGAUGUCAAUUUACUGUUACAAAUUAUAAAGAUUUUAGGUGCCAUAAUAAUUUUUAAUGGACAUAAUAAAAAAUAUAUAAUAAGUCAAUGCUUUAAUUGUUAAAAAGGUCUAUUGGUCUGGAAUCAGAGCAAGGUGUUCCUGUUCAUAUUUAUUCAUAAUUAUAGGUUUAAAGUAUAAAUACAGGUUUUGGAAUGAUAAAAAUUAGGUCAGAGUAGGGAAUUACCCAUUUUCGCUAGAAUGUCAUUUAAUUGAGAAAGUAUACCCAACAUCUUGAAAUUUUAUAAGCUUGUUAAACAAUAAGUCUUUACACAAUUACAUACAAAGAAUUCAUUAUUGGUUUUACUUAUCAUGUUUAAAAAUACUUGUCCUUCAGCCAUUAUACUAAAUACCAUGUGAUUGACAUGUGACAUGAUUUACAUAAUUAGUUUAAAUAGUGCUACUUAUUAAAUUGUAAAACACAGCUUUUGAUACAUAGUUAGUGUAUGGUGAUUGUUAAAAUAUGGAUAAUAACUUGUUUGAGCUUCCCAGUUAUUGCCAAAAUGCUUAUCCAUGUAUAAUAUGUAUUAUUUUCUAUAUUUGAUAGUAAUGUUGACUUUAUUAUCAGUCUUGUAAUAGGAUUUAGACUUUAGGGUACUGACCAGGUAUGUUAAAACAGCUUUAAGAUCUUGUUAUACUAGUCACUGUUCAUUUAGAAUUUUUUUUUAAUUUUUUUUAUUUUAACAAGUGCAUUAUGUAUAAUUUGAAAUUUUGUUCAUUUCACAUAAAAUUAACAAAUCAACUUUAUAUAAAUUGUAAUUUAAUUUGAUUUGUCAUUGAUAUGUCUAAUAAUAUUAUGCAGAUUAUUGUAAAAGGAUUAAAUAAUAAUUAUAAAAAAUAUGGUGAUUUGUAUCACCCACAGCAUAUGUUGAUAACCAAAUGCAGACUUAAUUUCCUGCAUCUUGUAACAACUGUCAAUUUAAGGGAUUUUGUUAUAAUUUUUUUUUGUAUUAGACUGGAUGUGAUGUAUCAUGUUUUGAUGAUAUGACACUUGUAAAUUCUUAAAUUUUUUAGGUGUGGCUUUUAAUAUAUCACAUUUGAAAUUUUGAAAGUACAGGGUUUAUGGAAAUUGCUAUAUUUCAUCUUGCAUUAUGGCACAUGCUAAACAAUAGCAUUAAUUAACGCAUGAAAAAUUUCCAGAAAUUAUAGUUUCAAUUUCCACAAGGUGUCCCUCUUAAGAAAAUGAAACUGCAGUAUUUUUGUGAUUUGUUUGUAGUAUAUUUUUUUAUUAAAGCUAUUAGCAAGUCACAUGACUUUUAUAAUUCAACAACUCUCACUAGUACUGUUCAUGCUAUUUAGCAGUUUUAUCAGCAUUUGAAUAUGUAUAUUCUUUUAUGGAUAUAAUCUAGUCUACGUUAACUUAGUCUUUUGUUUUUUUUAAUUUUUUUAUACGCGAAAGUAUAUUGUUCAUGUUGUUUAUGUUGAACUAUUUUAUAACAAGGAAUUCUGUGACCUUGUCUCACAAAAAAAUACCCUUCAACUGUUGGGUCAUUUGGGGCCUAGAUUUCAAUGAUAAAUAAGCAUUCCUUGUCAGUAUAAAAUAUUUUAUUCCAAUCAGAAUAUUUAGUUUCAGAAUGCAAUUAUUGUAGGUGCUAGAAUAUAGUUUUUUUUUUAUCGUGAUUUCAAUAUUCUACUUGUGAAUUUAACAGUUUUAAGUUAAUGUCGAUAUAUUGGGCCUUGAUAACUAAGGUUAUCCACAAACACAAAAUUCUUAUUUAGUAAGGAAAAGAAUGGGGACGGGAGAUUUGACAUAAAGUUCUUAAAAAAGAAAUUUUAAAUUUCUGUUGUUGCUAGUGAAAUUGAAAAUCACAGUUUAUAUAUGUUUAGAUUCAAUCUGAUCAAACUGGAGAUCUUUUGUUAAGGAUUUGCUAACAAGGACCUGUAAAGUCCAUAUUUAACUUUCUGUUAAGAAGACAUUUCAAGACCUUCUAGUUGUUGAAAAAAACACACUACAAUAUUUGGAGUCAAGCAUUCAUUGGCUAACAUAAUAAUUAGAAGGAAAUAAAGUAGAAUGGAAUGUUAGCAGAUGCUUUGUAAAUGUAGUGUUGUUACUGGAUCUAUUGUUGAAUGCGAUUGGUCAGGAUCUUGGUAAAAACCCUGGAUCAGUUGUUAUAUUUUUCAAGUUGUAAAAUAUUGAAUGUUAAGUUGAUUCUUUAUGACUUUUUCAUUUUUUAUGUUGAAAAAUUUGUCAAUUAUAUAUGGAAUAGAAGCCACAUCGAUUUUAAAAGUUCUAUUAAUUUCAACUAAGAUAUAUUUACCUUAGACCUUAUGAUAUUCUGUAUAUGUAUCUUAAUUUUUUAAUGAUUAUUGCAUGUUUUCAAAUAAUUUAUGGUAAAAGGUUUGUCUUAUUCUAUGAAGUCUAUAUUGUUGGUUGUUUAUAAUAGCUAUAUGUAUUUAGACCAAAAAUAAAUACAAAUUAAAUUUUA